AUGGCACAGUCUCCGAUGAUCUCGGUGCCUCUUAAGGCUACCAACGAGAUCGACUGGGUUGAACCGCUGAAGGGUUACAUCCGCGAUACCUAUGGCGAUGAUCCCGAACGCUAUGCAGAGGAAUGCGCUACACUGAAUCGCUUGAGACAAGAUGUACGGGGUGCCGGAAAGGACAGCACAUCUGGAAGAGAUAUGCUCUAUCGCUACUAUGGGCAGCUUGAGCUUCUCGAUUUGCGCUUCCCAGUCGAUGAGCAACAUAUCAAGAUAUCAUUCACAUGGUUCGAUGCCUUCACCCAUAAAUCCACCGCGCAGUAUUCGCUUGCUUUUGAGAAAGCCUCCAUCAUCUUCAACAUAUCUGCUGUCCUCUCCUGUCAUGCUGCUGCCCAGGACCGUGGCGAGGAGUCCGCGCUCAAGACUGCCUACCACAACUUUCAAGCCUCUGCGGGCAUGUUCACUUAUAUCAACGAGAACUUCCUACAUGCACCAUCGUCCGACUUGAGCAGAGAAACGGUCAAGGCCCUGAUCCAUGUCAUGCUUGCGCAGGCCCAGGAAGUAUUCCUUGAAAAGCAGAUUGCUGACAAGAAGAAAAUUGGUUUACUUGCAAAACUAGCCUCUCAGGCUGGCUACUUGUACACCCAGGCUCUCGAAGGCGUGCAAGAGAAUGUCAAUAAAGCCAUUUUCGAGAAAGUGUGGCUGUUGAUGGUUCAGGUGAAAUCUAAUCUUCUUAACUCUACGGCACAAUAUUAUCAGGCUCUGGCGGAUGAUGAAGCGAACCAACAUGGCAUCGCUGUGGGACGACUACAAGUUGCAGAGGCACAGGCAAAGGAGGCAGAGCGCUUCGCUAGGAGCUUCCCCAACUCAGUCCCUAUGAGCUCUAACCUCACCGCUGAUUGUGGAGCAUUCCUCCAGGAACUGACCAAACGACAUCUAUCGACAGUGCAAAGUCAGCUGCAGAGUGCUCUGAGAGACAACGAUUAUGUCUACCACCAAGAAGUACCUGUUGAGGCGAGUUUAGAAGCCGUUCCCAAGCUGCCAGCUGCGAAACCUAUUCCUGUUAGCGAACUGUAUGCCGGCCAGGACAUUCAGCGCAUUACUGGACCUGAUCUGUUCGCAAAGAUCGUGCCUUUCGCUGUGACGGAAUCGGCAAGUUUGUAUGAUGAAGAGAAGGCCAAGUUGGUACGAGCUGAAGCGGAGCGAGUGGACACAGCCAAUGGUGAGAUGGCAGCCAGUUUGGAUUACUUGAGGCUCCCCGGAGCGUUGCAAGUGUUGAAAGGCGGAUUUGAUCAGGAUAUUUUGCCUGACGAGGACUUCCGGCAAUGGUGCGAUGAUGUUUCGGAUCAAGAAAACCCGGUGACCUUGUUCGAGUCACUAAGGACGGAAAAGGACUCUAUUCUCUCGAUCCUGGACAAGAGCACCAAGCAGCUCGAUAUGGAAGAGGGUGUAUGCGAGAAGAUGCGGUCCAAGUACGAAAACGAUUGGACACAGCAGCCAAGCUCGAGGUUGACAACGACAUUACGGGGUGAUAUCCGUCACUAUCGUGAGGCUUUGGAUGAGGCAUCAAGGAGCGACAACCAAUUGGCGGGCAAGCUUCGACAGAACGAGAUGGAUUUCGAUGAGAUGCGACGGGCAGCUCAGUCCGGGGAAGUUGAUCAGCUAUUCCAACGUGCUGUUGCGCAGGCACGAGCGCGAUCAAGCAACGCAACCAGUCCUGCCGGUAUCGAGCCUAACCUUUUGGAUGAUGAUUUCGACGAGGGACCUAGUGUUAUUGAUCAGAUCAACCGAGUGGAGGAUAUCCUGAAGAAACUUAAUCUCAUUAAGCGGGAACGAAACCAGGUGUUGAAGGAUUUGAAAGAGAAGGCCCACAACGACGAUAUCUCCCAGAUUCUCAUUUUGAACAAAAAGUCGAUAUCCAACUACGAGGCUCAGCUCUUUGAGCAAGAAUUGGAAAAGUUCAGGCCUCACCAAAACCGACUUCUGCAAGCAAACCACAAACAGUCAGCUUUGAUGAAGGAGCUCACAGGCACAUUCAAUAGAUUGCUGCAGGAUAAGCGAGUUCAAUCCGAGCAGAGCAAAUACGAGACUAUUCAGCGACAACGCUCGUCAGUCAUCAACCGAUAUAAGCGGGCGUACCAGGAAUUCCUGGAUUUGGUCGCAGGGUUACACAGCGCCAAGAACUGGUACUCUGAGAUGCGUGAGACAGUGGAGAGCUUGGAGAAGAACGUUGACAGCUUUGUCAACAACCGUAGAUCGGAGGGAGCGCAAUUGCUCAACCAGAUCGAGCAGGAGCGGUCAUCGAACAAGAACUCGCAGGCAGAGAUGGAACGAGAGAGACUCAGAGGUCUCAUGGAUCGGAUGUCGAUGGACCCUUCCAAGUCAUCGCCGCAACCCCAGAGCCGCCCAACACCUCCGUCGCAAUACCAGCAGGGGCAAGCUCCUCGAUAUCCGCAAACCAACUUCCCAGGACAAUAUCAGGUGCCAAACUCACCACCAGCCCAGCAGCAAACAAUGGCGCAACAGCAAGCAUACCAAAACUUCUCUCCGCCGCCAACAACUCAGUCAUUCGGACCGCCUCCUAUCAACACUUUUGUUCAGCCUACGUAUAAUCCUAGUCAGUAUGGACGUACACCGGGACCGACGUCGCCUCCUCCAAACCAAACGUCGUUUAAUAUGGGUGGUCUCCGAGGCCCCGCAUCGCCACCUCCGAACCAGACGUCGUUCGGACAAACUCAAUCAUUCGGUGGAUACGGAGCGUCAUCGACACCGCAGACACAAGGAGGUUACGUGCCGCCAGGAUUCGUCCCGCCUCCUCCACCACCCGGACCACCACCGCUGGGACCUCAGCAGACAUUCCACUAUGGAAAUCAGCCCAAUAGCGCACAUCCAAACAGUGCGUAUCCUCAAUCUGCAGCACCACAGCAACAACAGCAACAGCAGCAAAACGAUCCUUGGGCUGGAUUGAAUGCAUGGAAAUAA